AUCGCUUGAAUUGUUUCCAUCUGGAUUUAAAUGGAGUUAUAACAAUUCCACUGGACUAUAUGAGGCACAACAAGUUGGAGUUUAUCCUAUAGGCGUUGACCCGGCCUGGCACGGUACCGAUAAUUAUUUGGUGUUUACCAAUUCAUAUAAGAUGAAGAUGUCUGUAAUUUUGGGUGUCAUCCAAAUGAGCUUCGGUAUCAUCCUCACUGUCUUCAACUAUGUCUAUUUUAGAAAGACAAUAAGCAUCUAUACAGAAUUCAUUCCUCAAAUUUUGUUUAUGCAAUGUAUAUUUGGAUAUCUGGUUUUCACGAUAAUUUAUAAAUGGUCCAUUAAUUGGUACGAGACGGACCGUAGUCCUCCGGGAUUACUGAAUAUGUUGAUUUACAUGUUUUUGCAGCCUGGAACUGUUGCCAAAAAAGAUGAAUUAUAUACUGGUCAAGGACCCGUUCAAGCCACACUCCUCACCGUAGCUCUGAUAUGCGUGCCAUUCAUGUUGCUUGCGAAACCAUUAAUCUUGAGGCAUGAAUAUAAGAAAAUUCGUGCUCAAGGUUACCAUAAUCCUCAGACUGACACCACUCGCGUAUCAACUGAUGAGAACAAUGAACAUGGUGGUGCCGUUGUUGCAGAAGAGAUGCAUGAAGAAGAGGAGUUUGAUUUCAGUGAA